GGCCUCUGCUCCCCGGUGUGCACAGGGCUGGUCUGUCCUGGGCUCGGCCCGCUGGCCGGUCACUCUGCUGGCGUCCCUCCCCUCGGGCCUGGGCCAGUCCCUCCUCCCCCACCGCUGACAGAUGCUCCCCUGUGCCCCCCCCGAAAUGGCGCCCCUUGGAUUCUUCCAGAAGCAGCAGUUGGAGAGGCCUUGCGGGAACGGGAGGUUGAGGGCUCAGGUUCUACUGGCAGUUGGGCCGUGAAGUCAUGAGGUUCUGCCCGACCCCCGCCUCCCUCCAGCCAGCACCCCCCUGCCCUGGGCUGCUGUGGGCUCCGGACGACCAGCAGGGCCACGGCUGCUGGUGAAGUUAUGUCAGGUGAGCUGCCACCAGGUGAGUUGCUGCCAGGUGAGCUGCUGCUGGGGGGGCCCCAGCUGGAGAAACAAGGUCCAGGAAGGGCCUGGCCACCAGUGGGCCCCACGGACGGCUCUGCUUCCUGGCCCCUGGGGGCUUCUUCUGGAGCUGGCCAGGUGGGGCACCGUUCUGUCUCUGCUGCCCCGAGCUGGGUGUCCUCAGGCAGAUCCUUGGCCGCCUCUGAGCCAAGCCUGUGUCUGGCCCCAGCUGUGCCAGCUCAGGGUGGUGUCCUGCAGCGAUUUGGGUCCUUGUCAUCCGCCGUGCGCUGCAGUGGGAGCCAGUGCCCCCCAGGGGUGAGCUCCCAACGACCUUCUUGCAGAGCCAGCUGACAGCGGCCCCUCCUCGGGGGCAUCGCCCCCCUCCCAGGUGAGCACUGUCACCUCAGAGGACCUGGGGCUCCUGGCGGGAAGCCUGGCCAGCCCUGAGCCCUGGAGUCUGGAGACAUCAGAGAGGGAUGCGUCCGGCCACCUGGCGUCCACCGCCUCUGUCCCCGAGCAGGACAGUGCCAAGCACUGGAAGCAGCUGGAGCAGUGGGUGUCCUCGCUGCAGGCGGAGGUGGCCUGCCUGCGGGGGCAGGAGGAGCGCCGCGAGCACGCCACGCUGGGCCUGCUGCGGGAGCUGCUGCAGGUGCGGGCCCUCGUGCGGGUGCAGGACGCGGAGCUGCAGCGGCUGCAGCAGGAGGUGCAGCGGGCGGCUCCCGCCCCUGAGAAGGAGACGCCAGAGCCCCCUGGCCCCCAGAGCCAGAACCAGAUGCAGGCCCUGGACCAAAGGUACCUCCACAUACGCUCUCAAGCACAGCCUUGGCGGGAGGGGGGGGAUUGGGCUUCCGGAAGGCAGUGGUCGGCGCCAGAGCCCCUUCCCCGGUGGGUUGUCUUGCUCGGUGAGCAACACACGUGUGUGGGCCCCGCAGAGAGGCCUGGGUCUGACGGCGCCUCGGCAGCCCAUGGUGGGGACACAGUGGGAGGCCGGCAGCAGGAGCCCCCCCGGCGGGACCCCCAGCCCCCAAAGACUGCCCCGCGAGCUCUGGGCCUGUCGGAAGCGGCCCCUGUGUGCCAGGCUGGUGGAGGUACGGGAAGCCCUGAGGCAGGUCAGGAGGCAGACGCUGCAGGACUCCGAGCGCAAGGACGCCGAGCAGGAGAUGGCCCUCAGGUGGGCCCUGGGGACGGCUCUGGGCCGUCAUCUGGUGGUCAUUGGCACUGCCAGCAGGACGUCCCCUGCCCUCGCUGAGCUGCUGGCUGCCGGGACCCCCGUGGGGAAGGUGACUCCAGCCUGGCCCUGCCCCUUCCCGUCCUCCAGCCCCUCUGCGUGUGCCCGGGCGGGGCCGUGUGCUUCCCGCUUGGCCAGCCGGGAGGUCGUCCCCGGCCCCAGAGGGAUCAAGGUCCAGUGGCCCCCCAGCCUCCCGGUGGCUCCCCAGCCAGGCCCUGCGACCCGCAGCCAAUGUCCCCAGGGUGGCCAAGCUGACCGACUUGCUGAGGCAGGAGGAGCAGAGCCGGGAGGCAGCCUGCAGCGCCCUGCAGAGGGGCCAGGAGGACGCCAGCCAGCGGGUGGGCCACGAGGUGGCCAGGAUGCAGGCCCAGGUGACCACGCUCGGCGAGGAGAUGAGCCUUCGCUUCCUGAAGAGGGAGGCCAAGCUGUGCGGCUUCCUUCAGAAGAGCUUCCUGGCCCUGGAGAAGAGGAUGAAGGCGGCGGAGAGCUCGCGGCUGCGGCUGGAGGGCCGCCUGCGGGAGGAGCUGGAGGGCCGCUGGGGGGCGCUGCGGGAGCUGAUGGAGGAGCGGCUGCAGGCCCAGUGCGGGCUGUGCAAGGCGGGGCCCGGCCGGCGGGAGGACGCCCACCUCCUGGAGCAGUGCCGGGGCCUGGACGCGGCUGUGGUCCAGCUGACCAAGUUCGUGCAGCAGAACCAGGCGUCGCUGAACCGCGUCCUGCUGGCCGAGCAGAAGGCUCUCUCCGAGAGAAGAGCCAGGUCCUGGAGGCCUCGGUGGCCCAGCUGGCUGCACAGCUGAAGGACCUGAGUGACCAGUUCCUGACCCUGAGCUGCAGGCUGGACCUGCAGGGGCAGGUGCUGGGCCUGCGGCUGUCGGAGGCAAAGACCGAAUGGGAAGGUGCGGAGAGGAAGUCCCUGGAGGACCUGGCCAGGUGGCAGAAGGAGGUUGCUGUGCAGCUGCAGGGGCUGUGGGAGAAGGUGGACGGCCUGCCCCGGCAGAUAGAAGGCGUCUCAGACAAAUGCGUCCUGCACAAGAGUGACUCAGACAUCAGGAUCUCUGCCGAAGGCAGGGCGAGGGAGUCCGAGGUCGGGGCCCUGCGGCGGGAGCUGGCCGCCCUGCUGUCGGCCGUGCAGCUGCUCAAGGAGGACAACCCUGGGCGGAAGAUCGCCGAGAUGCAGGGCAGGAUGGCCACGGUAGCACCCGGGAGCCAGCCGGGGGCACCCCAAGCGGAGGGACCCCAGAGGACCCCCUGCCCCCAGGGGUGGGCGGAUCUGGGGCCCCAGCCCAGGGGCAUCUUCCAGCCACAGGGCAAAGCCCUCGAAACCAGGCGGCCCUGGCACACCUGGGCCUCUGGAAGUUCCAAGUGGGGACACCCGUGUGCAGCCCCCAGCGCUGGGCACCGGCAGCCACGAUGGCAGGGCCAGCCCUGGGCCGUGGCCGGGACGCCCGCAGGGCCAUGCAGGGCCCUCCUCACCUCGCUGGGCUCGGCCCAGGCCCCACGGGGGGACGAGGGCUGUGGCAGGGGCGGCUCGUGCCCAGGCUCCGAGCAGUUGGUGACUUGGGGGUGGGGGCCCUGGGGGACAGCUGGACACCAGCGGACUGGCUGGGUCUGUGCCCCCGAAUUGGGGCUGUGUUUAGUUUCAGAACCAAAUAAUAAAACUGGAAAACAGCAUCCAAGCCAACAGGACCAUCCAGAACCUCCAGUUUAACACGGAGACCAAGCUGAUAAGGGAGAUAAGCCCCCGCGUGUGCCGGGCCGGCUGCGGUGACGGCCCCCUGUGUCCUGUGUCCCCAGCGCGCGCAGAAGAUGGCAG